GAAGGAAUGGCAGGCUAAACGACGACGUGGAGGAAGGCGGACCUUAUCGUGACAUGCUUCCUUUUCCGUUCAAUUACAUUAUUUAUCAUUUUGUUCUCAGUUCUUACUCCAUCGGCAGUGAGCAUUUAGCAUUGUCACACUCAACACAGAAAUGUCGAAGCUGCUUCUACCCACUCCUCACCUCACCUCCAUUCCCCGCUGCAACACAUUGUCCUCUGUUUCUUGCCUUCAAUUUCAAUGCCAAUUCUCCCUUUCUUUUCUCUCUCAUCCCCACUCUCUCACUCUCACACCCUUCCGCUCCCGUGUGCAUAGACGAGACCUUUCCCUUCGUGCCUUCGAUUCUUCUUCUUCCGAUCCUAAAACCGAACAACAAGAAGAAGAAAGUUCCAUUGACAAUCAAAGUGUUAGGAUUUCCCAUGAGGAUUAUCCGAGUGGCGAGUUUGAAUUUGAACCUAUUACUGGAUGGAGAAACUUCCUCGUCAAGCUUAAGAUGCUGUUUGCCUUCCCUUGGGAGCGUGUCGGCAAGGGUAGCGUCCUCACAAUGAAACUUCGUGGCCAGAUAUCCGAUCAAGUGAAGAGUAGGUUUUCUCCAGGACUUUCUCUACCUCAAAUUUGUGAGAAUUUUCUGAAAGCAGCGUAUGAUCCUCGUAUUUCUGGGGUCUAUCUCUAUAUUGAUAGUUUAAAUUGCGGGUGGGGUAAAGUCGAAGAAAUUCGAAGGCACAUCUUGAAUUUCAAAAAAUCAGGUAAAUUUGUUGUGGCAUAUGUCCCUUCAUGUCAAGAAAAAGAAUAUUACCUUGCGUGUGAGUGUGAAGAGAUAUAUGCCCCUCCAAGUGCUUAUUUCUCUUUGUUUGGAUUGACUGUUCAAGCUUCAUUCCUCAGAGGUGUUUUAGAUAACAUAGGAAUUGAACCACAAGUGGAAAGGAUUGGCAAAUACAAAAGUGCAGGUGAUCAACUAGCUCGAAGAACCAUUUCUGAAGAAAAUUAUGAGAUGCUGACUGCAUUGCUUGAUAACAUUUAUACAAAUUGGCUGGAUAAAGUCUCUUUUGCUAAAGGAAAAAAGAGAGAAGAUAUUGAGAACUUCAUAAAUGAAGGUGUUUAUCAAGUAGACAAGCUGAAAGAAGAGGGCCUCAUAUCAAAUGUAAUCUAUGAUGACGAGGUUAUUUCCAUGUUAAAGGAGAGACUUGGAGUGAAAACAGAUAAAAAUCUACCUAUGGUGGAUUACAGGAGAUACUCUCGAGUUAGGAAAUGGACAGUUGGAAUAUCAGGCGGUAAAGAACGGAUAGCCGUCAUCCGAGCCUCAGGGAGCAUUAGUCGUGUUGAGAGUCAAUUGAGUGUCUCUAGCUCAGGCAUCAUUGCAGAGAAGUUCAUUGAGAAGAUUCGCAGUGUUAGAGAGUCAAAAGAAUUUAAAGCUGCUAUCAUCAGAAUUGACAGUCCUGGAGGUGAUGCACUUGCUUCUGAUUUAAUGUGGAGAGAAAUCCGGCUUUUGGCUGCUUCGAAACCAGUCAUUGCUUCAAUGUCUGAUGUGGCUGCAAGUGGAGGGUACUACAUGGCAAUGGGAGCUGAGGCUAUUGUUGCAGAAAGUCUUACUUUAACUGGUUCAAUUGGAGUGGUCACAGGAAAGUUUAAUCUAGGGAAACUGUAUGAGAAGAUUGGAUUUAACAAAGAAACUAUAUCAAGGGGAAAAUAUGCUGAACUCCUUGCUGCUGAACAGCGUCCUUUUAGACCAGAUGAAGCAGAGCUAUUUGCCAAAUCUGCGCAGCAUGCUUAUAAACAAUUUCGAGACAAGGCAGCUUUAUCCAGAUCAAUGACAGUAGAUAAGAUGGAGGAAGUCGCCCAGGGGAGGGUUUGGACUGGUAAAGAUGCAGCUUCGCAUGGUUUGGUUGAUGCUAUUGGAGGGCUUUCUCGAGCUAUUGCCAUAGCAAAAUUGAAGGCCAAUAUACCUCAAGACAGACAGGUUACUGUUGUGGAGAUCUCCAGACCCAGCCCUUCUCUACCCGAGAUUUUAUUAGGCGUAGGGAAUUCCCUCAUUGGAGUAGACAGAACGUUGAAGGAACUGCUACAGGGCUUGACAUUUUCUGAUGGAGUUCAAGCCCGGAUGGAUGGAAUCAUGUUUCAGACAUUAGAAGGAUAUCCUUACGCCAACCCCAUUUUGUCAAUAAUAAAAGAUUACCUUAGUUCCAUGUAGUUGUUCAUAAUUCAUUACAAUCAUUUUGUCUCAUUUUAUUUAUUAAGUUCACCCUAUAUUUUUUCUCGAGUUUGUCCAAAGGGACAAUAGAAUAUAGAUGAAGGGGGUUUUCUAACUUCUAUUGCAUGUCCUUGUCCCUACGUUUUCUCCCUCACAAUCCUUGUACAUGCAUAAUGUAAAGUUGGAAAAUUUAAAGCAUAGUUUUACACAUCAACCAAGUAUUUAGAUGGAAUUUCGUUUACACUGGUUGCUGCUGCUCUUCAUUUUUCCUUUGGUGCUUACAUAUUGCUGAUGCAAGUUGGAGUAACGUCAAGAUUUAUAUCCCCAUAAACUUCAAGGAAACGUUGGAAAGAAGUUUCCAUAAAGCAUAAGCGGUGCAACAAUCAAGCAAGAGGAAACGUGCACAGCAGAGAAUAAACGGUUCCUAUUGGUUAAAGAGGAAAACAAGGCAUGUGGAUGAUCAGAAGGAAAGACAAAUCUCAACAAUAACUGUCUCAUCCAGCCACUUGCGCCCCUCAAAGCACUGUUCACACCGCCCCUUCUAUGCAGUCAAGAAAACAACUCCAAGAGAUUUACAAGCUUUCCAUUCACUCUUCUGCCUAUAAAUAGGACGUCCCAGCACGAAGGCAACAAUCGAAUUCCUUAA